GCGGCGGCGGCGGCCCCCAGCCGAGAGCGAGCGCGCCGGCGUGAGCGGCGCCCGGGAAGGCGGCGGGGAGGGCGAUUCGCAGAUCCCGACAUGCCGGAGUUCUUAGAAGACCCCUCGGUCCUCACGAAAGACAAGUUGAAGAGUGAGUUGGUCGCCAACAAUGUGACGCUCCCGGCCGGAGAGCAGCGCAAGGACGUCUACGUGCAGCUCUACCUGCAGCACCUCACGGCGCGCAACCGGCCGCCGCUCGCCGCCGGCUCCAACAGCAAGGGGCCCCCGGACUUCUCCAGCGACGAGGAGCGCGAGCCCACCCCGGUCCUCGGCUCCGUGGCCGCCGCGGGCCGGAGUCGUGCCUCCGUCGGCAGGAAAGCUACAAAGAAAACUGAUAAACCCAGACUAGAUGAUAAAGAUGAUCUAGAUGUAACAGAGCUCACUAAUGAAGAUCUUCUCGAGCAGCUUGUGAAAUAUGGAGUAAAUCCUGGCCCUAUUGUGGGAACAACCAGGAAGCUAUAUGAGAAAAAGCUAUUGAAACUGAGAGAACAAGGAACAGAAUCAAGGUCUUCUACUCCUCUACCAACAAUUUCUUCUUCAGCAGAAAAUACAAGGCAGAAUGGAAGUAAUGACUCUGACAGAUACAGUGACAAUGAAGAAGGAAAGAAGAAAGAACACAAGAAAGUGAAGUCCACUAGGGAUUUUGUUCCUUUCUCUGAACUUCCAACUACUCCCUCUGGUGGAUUUUUUCAGGGUAUUUCUUUUCCUGAAAUCUCCACCCGUCCUCCUUUGGGCAGGACUGAACUACAGGCAGCUAAGAAAGUACAUACUUCUAAGGGAGACCCACCUAGGGAGCCUCUUAUUCCCACAGCCUUGCCUGACAGGGGACAGAUGCAGCAGUUAGCCUCUGGAGAGAAUGUGUUUGCUUCCUCCAGGCCUAGCCGUGAUAGGAGGGUAGAGAAAAGCUCUUCGUCAUCUUCUCAGCAUGAACUCGCUGCCAUGUUGGUCCCUACUGCAGCUUCUCCUUCACUGAUUAAAGAAACCACCACUACUUGCUAUAAAGACAUAGUAGAAAAUAUUUUCCAUGGAGAGAAAAGUGGAAUUCGACCGCUGUGUACUGAGAGGUCCCAUUUUUCAGAUCAGUCUGUUCUCUCCACUGAAAGGGAAGUUCUAGAAGAGUCUGAGAGAUCACAAGUAAUUUCUCCAUCACUUGCUCAGGCAAUCAAAGAUUAUGUCAACUCUCUGUUGGUCCAGGGUGGGGUAGGAAGCUUGCCUGGGACUUCUAACUCUACAUCCACACUGGAUGUAGGAAACAUAUGGAAGAUAAUUGACCAAUCCAAUUCCCAAGAAACUGAAUCCCUGUCUCCUCCACGAAAAUUACGUAGAGUCAGUGAGAAGGUGGGAGAGGAACGGGAUUCAGGUUCCUCUGUAGCGUUUCAGAACAUGCCUGCACCUGAGCAGAUGUCUUCCUUGGCCAAAACUGUUGUCUCUCAUUCACUCGCCACCUUAGGCAUGGAAAUGUCUAAGCACUUGCAGCAUGAUAAAAUAGGUGCCUCAGAACUAUCUUUUCCCUUCCAUGAAUCUAUUUUAAAAGUAAUUGAAGAGGAGUGGCAGCAAAUUGACAGGCAGCUGCCUUCAUUGGCAUGCAAGUAUCCGAUUUCUUCUAGUGAGGCAACACGUAUAUUAUCGGUUCCAAAAGUAGAUGAUGAAAUCCUGGGGUUUACUUCUGCAACCUCUCCACCAGCAGGUAGUCAAGCAUCCUCCACUGAACCUUGUGAUAAACACUUAGAAUUGGCGCUCUGUAGAGCAUACGAGGCUGCAGCAUCUGCGUUACAGAUUGCAACCCACACUGCCUUUGUAGUUAAGGCUAUGCAGGCAGACAUUAGUCAGGCUGCACAAAUUCUUAUCUCAGAUCCUAGUGGUACACACCAGGCACUUGGGAUUCUGAGCAAAACCUAUGAUGCAGCCUCAUUUAUUUGUGAGGCUGCAUUCGAUGAAGUGAAGAUGGCUGCACAUACCAUGGGAUCUUCCACUCUAGGUCGCCGAUAUCUCUGGUUGAAGGAUUGCAAAAUUAGCCCAGCUUCUAAGAAUAAGCUGGCUGUUACUCCCUUUAAAGGUGGAACAUUAUUUGGAGGAGAAGUACACAAACUAAUUAAAAAGCGUUUAAGUAAACACUAACACAGAUAAGAACAAAGACAUCUGUCUUACCUUUGAUAUGGAGAAUUUAGAUGCUUUUCUAGGAAUUUUAGGUACUUCUAUGCCAAGGUUUUCUUUCUUUUGAAGGCCUUUUUAGUCUCCAGAUAGGGCUGAUUUCAAAAUCUUAAGCUUUAACCCAUCAAAUUACUUUAUACAAGUAUUAUAGAAUUCUUUUUUUUUUCCUUAAUAUUUACACAAAUUAAAAGGUCUGGUUCUAUUUAAAAUUUUCUAGGUCACAUAUUUGUCUCAUAAAUAGUUUACUAUUUUUUAUUAUGCUUUUACAGUUGUAAAAUUAAGAAGACUCUAGCAGCUACAAUAUAAGUAGAGUCUUCACUGUUUCUUGGUAUCAUAUGUAUUCUCCUUUAUACUUAGCAUAGAAUUAAGCACUUGUUGCACAUUUGAAGCAAUGAUUUUUCUCAUUUUGAUACGCCCAUCUGAGUAUUUCUAAACUUGGUAGAUUCUCCAUAUUUUUGCUCUUUUCUUUCUUUUUGUUUGUUAUUUACCUGUCUGCAAUAUUAUUCAUAGUAUUAUAGAUGAAUGCAGCUGAAAAGUGCCAGUUUGUAAAUUGUUACUGAUCACAGAAAAGAUAAGUAUGCACAAAAUUUAAAUUUGGAGUUUUUUUAAGUAAAUGAUAGGAUUUAUUUUUGCUAUAAAAUUUUAUCUAUAUAAAACCAAUAUACUAUUGGACAUUCUGCCUCAUUACUUCAUGGACUGGUGACAAAUGAUUCUUGGAACAUAGCCCAGUCCAUGGGCAAUGAUUUGAGAAACACUAUUGUAGAUGAUAAAUAUUCUGGGAUGGUGCAUGCUCACUGUCACUAUUUUGUCAGUUGAACUAUAUACACUGAAAAGAUGGAGUUUUACUUUAAAUUUUUAAAGUACUUUUAAGGUAUUAUGUUUCAUGGAUGAUUAGGCUUAACAAUCGAGACUCUAAAAGGCAAAUUUAAAUGAUUUUUUAAAGCAAUAAAUCAUACUGUAGCCCUGCAUCUGUAUAAAGCAAUAUUUUACCCUGUUUUCAUUUCUGUGAUUGUUAGAUAAGACAAUCUAAUUGUAGAGGCAUUGUGGAAAAUAGUAGUCUUAAGCAUAUCAAAAUAUGGUCCCUUGGGUAUCUCUAUAGCGAUUUUCAUAUUCUUAGACUACACAUGUCCAUCUUUGAAGCUUUCUGGGAAUAAUUUUGUUUGUUAUUUGUCUUCUGAGCUGUAUAUAUAUACAGGUACUUUACUAAGUGCUAUGUGAUUUUAAAAAAUGUGUUACUGUAGAAUGCUUCUGCAAAUUCAAUAAAGUUGUUAAAUCAGAACAGUUCUGUGUGGUCUCCAGAAACAUGUUGUAUGUGUGUUGUUGUUUUUUUUUUGUGGAGUUGGAACGAGUUAAUGUGGAUGAUCAUCCUUUCUCCAUUUCAUCAUUGAAACUCACUUGACAGGCUAGUGGUAUAGUUGAAAAUAUUCUAAUACUGUUGUAUGGUUUUUCUUCUAUUUGAGGAACAUGUUUUAAGUGGUUGUUGGGACCUAAAUUUCUAAGAGUUCAUGUGUAACCAAAUACCUUGUUUAUCUUAAUUUCUGUUCAACUAAGUGUCAACUAAGUGUUAUGCUUUUUUAACUUUAUGCUUUCCAGUUAUUAGAUUUUGAGUUAACAAGGCAUAAAAGUAAAUUUCAUAAUGCUGCCAAACAUAGAUACAUGUUUAUAUUGAUAGAUCCAUUAAAUAGUGUUGGAAGAUGGGGACAUGGAGUAAAUGCUUUAGUUCUAAAUAAAGAUUGAACUGUUUGAGCUAACUUGGUGAA